AUGAUACUGGGACUGACUAUCGUGCCUCUAGGACAUGCGCGUCCGCUUUGCAUCCUCGCCGCGCGCCUGGUCAAGCUACGCCCGGUCCAAAUCACCCUCUUCGUGUCCCUCAUCCUGUACGACCGCGUCAAGGCCGAGAUAGCGCGCGACUUCGCGUCGAGCGAUGACGAGCCGCUGUCUCGCAUCCACUUCGUUCCCGUGGAUCAGGGCACCAACAUGCUGGACCCGAAGGAGUACCAGGAGCGCAUCAUCGAAACGUGGAACGCGGCGAGCAGCGAGCAGAGUAUCGUCCGCGAGUCCUUCGAUGGCGCGCGCAAGGCACUGGAUCUGCGGGAAACGCCAAUCAGCGCUGUCAUCGUCGAUAACGUGCUGAUCCUGGUUCACGACGAGCUCUACAGGCAAAAGGUGGCGGGGACUAAUGGCGUCCCGCUAUAUGCUUGGUUGCCCGUCGCAACCAACUCCGUGGUACCCCUGUACAACAAAGACAUCAUACCCGACGUGGAGGCGCUCGCCGAACGUGACGGUAUCCCCUUCGACGACGCCGCACGAGAGGCGAGUCUAUAUUUGUCCCGCGAAGUGAUUAAAUGUGCGUGCCUGCCGCCGAUGUACGACUACGAGUUCCACCCUCAGUCGGUAAGUCAUGCGCUGUGUCGCGUUGAUUACUCCGCGCUCAUGUUCUGCACCGGCGUCCUCACGUUCGACGCUGCAGACUAUCAUCCGGAAGCUACGACGGCGUUCCGCGCGUGGAUGGCAGAGACAGGGCGCAAGGUCACCUACGCAGGUCCGCUUGUCCCGAGCAGCCAUGCGGUAGAGACAGUCGCGCGGGCGUCGGAAGCUGGCGACGUCUUGCGAUUCCUGGAUAGCCAGUUGGCCGCGCGGGGGGAACAUUCUGUCAUUUUUAUUUCCUUCGGAACACUCUUCUGGCCGAUGGACCAGGCGAAGCUCGUCGCGGCCCUCGAACUCCUCAUGGAAGACGGCGUCCCCUUCGUGUUCACCCACCCCAGUGCGAAGCUUCCCGAGGAUCUCCUGCAGAAGCUUCAGGCGUACGACCAUGCGUUUAUCGCGCAGUGGGUCCCGCAGCAAGCCGUCCUGGCGCACGAGGCGACUGGUUGGGCCCUGACCCACGGCGGCCACAACACCGUGCUGGAAUGCAUCCUCGCCGGAGUACCCAUGAUCGUAUGGCCGAUCGUCGUCGACCAGCCGACGAACGCGAUCCACCUCUCCGAGGACCUCGACGUCGCGUACGAGCUGCUCGAGGUGCGCAACGGCACCGGGCUCACGCCGAUCUACCGCACGGGCCGCACCCCCGCCGGGACGCUCGACGCCGUGCGCGCGGAGCUGCGCGGGGUGCUCGCGCGCGCGUUUGGCGCGGACGGGCAGGGGAAGCGCGCGCGGCUGCAGGGGGUGCGCAGGACGCUCGAGGGCGCGUGGGCGGAGGGCGGUGCGGGGAGGCGGGACGUAGAGGUGUUUGUGGAUGGUUUGUGA